AUGGACGAAGGCACCGGGCUGCAGCCCCAGGCGGGAGAGCAGCUGGAAGCACAAGCCACAGUAGGAGCUGUCCAAGAGAAGUGCGAACCAGAGACCUUUCGGUCCAAGAGUUUACCGGUCCUGAACAGCGCCUCCUGCCGGCCAGACCUGAGUCCUGCGCGUGCAGGAGCCAAGCCCGCCAUCGGUUCUUUGGGCCGUCAGGAGUUGAAACCAGGCCCAAGCGGGUUGGCCCCCAGUCCCUCCGCUCCUUCCACUUCGGCGGAGAUGGCAGGGCUCAUGGAAUGUAACCACAGGGUGGAAGUCAGCAAAGCCGUGUCGGUGUCCUCCACUUUGGCCACGCUCCAGGGGAGAAGGUGCCUCUAUGUGGUCCUCACUGAUUCCCGUUGCUUCCUGGUUUGCAUGUGCUUUCUGACCUUCAUCCAGGCGUUAAUGGUCUCUGGGUACCUGAGCAGUGUCAUCACCACCAUCGAAAGGCGCUACAGUCUGAAGAGUUCCGAGUCGGGGCUGCUGGUCAGCUGCUUUGACAUUGGGAGCCUGGUGGUGGUGGUGUUCGUCAGCUACUUUGGCGGCCGGGGUCGGAGGCCCCUGUGGCUAGCGGUGGGUGGACUUUUCAUUGCCGUUGGGGCUGCCCUCUUUGCUUUACCUCACUUCAUCUCGCCUCCCUACCAGAUCCAAGAGUUGAAUGCCUCGGCCUCCAACGAUGGCCUGUGUCAGAAUGGCAACUCCACGGCGCCUUCCGAACCUCCCACCUGCCUGAAGGAUUCAGGAGGAAAUAAUCAUUGGGUCUAUGUGGCUUUAUUCAUUUGCGCACAGAUUCUCAUUGGAAUGGGUUCCACACCUAUUUAUACCUUGGGACCAACCUACUUAGAUGACAAUGUCAAGAAAGAAAACGCAUCCUUGUACCUAGCCAUCAUGUAUGUCAUGGGAGCACUUGGUCCUGCAGUGGGAUAUUUAUUAGGUGGACUUCUUAUUGGUUUUUAUGUCGAUCCCAGAAAUCCUGUUAACCUUGACCAGAAUGACCCUCGUUUCAUUGGAAACUGGUGGAGUGGAUUCCUCCUUUGUGCUGUUGCAAUGUUUCUUGUGAUAUUCCCAAUGUUUACUUUUCCAAAAAAGCUUCCUCCUCGACACAAAAAGAAAAAUAAAAAAUUUUCUGCUGAUAUUGUUAGUGAUGAUGAUGUUAUGAAGGAGAAGUCAAACAAUAGUGAACAAGUGGACAAAAAAGUUUCUUCUUUGGGAUUUGGAAAGAAUGUCAAAGACCUACCAAGAGCAGCUGUCAGGAUCUUAAGCAACAUGACAUUCCUUUUUGUGAGUUUGUCAUACACAGCUGAGAGUGCCAUUGUAACUGCUUUCAUUACCUUCAUUCCCAAGUUCAUCGAGUCACAGUUUGGUAUCCCAGCUUCCAAUGCCAGCAUCUACACUGGUGUGAUUAUUGUCCCCAGUGCUGGUGUUGGCAUUGUCCUGGGAGGCUACAUUAUAAAGAAAUUGAAACUUGGUGCAAGAGAAUCUGCCAAACUAGCCAUGAUCUGCAGUGGUGUGUCUUUACUGUGUUUUUCAACCCUAUUUAUUGUUGGAUGUGAAAGUAUUAAUCUAGGAGGCAUAAACAUCCCUUAUACAACAGGACCUUCUCUUACCAUGCCCCACAGGAACCUGACAGGAAGCUGCAAUGUUAAUUGUGGUUGUAAAAUAGAUGAGUAUGAGCCAGUCUGUGGAUCAGAUGGAAUUACAUACUUUAACCCUUGUCUGGCUGGCUGUGUUAACAGUGGUAAUCUUAGCACUGGGAUAAGGAAUUACACAGAAUGCACGUGUGUCCAAAGCCGGCAAGUGAUCACUCCACCUACAGUCGGGCAGCGCAGUCAGCUCCGUGUGGUUAUUGUCAAAACCUAUCUCAAUGAGAACGGCUAUGCUGUGUCUGGGAAGUGCAAACGGGCCUGCAAUACCCUUAUCCCAUUCUUAAUUUUUCUCUUCAUUGUCACCUUCAUCACAGCAUGUGCCCAACCAUCAGCCAUCAUAGUAACACUCAGAUCGGUAGAAGAUGAGGAGAGACCUUUUGCGCUGGGAAUGCAGUUUGUUUUAUUGCGAACACUUGCAUACAUUCCUACUCCAAUUUACUUUGGAGCAGUUAUUGACACCACCUGCAUGCUCUGGCAACAGGAAUGUGGAGUGCAAGGCUCUUGCUGGGAGUACAACGUGACAUCAUUUCGUUUUGUCUAUUUUGGUUUGGCGGCCGGCCUGAAAUUUGUUGGCUUCAUUUUUAUUUUUCUGGCCUGGUACUCCAUUAAAUACAAGGAGGACGAGCUGCAGAGGCAGAGGUGGAGAGAAUUUCCUCUGAACACAGUGAGCGAGAUGGUGGGCCACACCGACAACGCCAAUAAGGGUGCCCGGACUAGAUCUUGUCCAGCUUUCAGCAGCCAGGGGGAUUUCCCCGAAGAGACUGGUCUGCAGAAAGGGAUCCAGUACACAGCACAGACCUAUCCGGGGCCCUUCCCCGAAGCAAUAAGCUCCUCCCCAGACCCGGGGCUGGAAGAAAGCCCUACUGCCAUGUAGCCUCCUCCUGAAGCUUGAAAAUGGAAGACUUUAGUUUUGUUGGUUGAGUUGAAUAUGGCAACUUGAGAA